AUGCCGGGCCAUGAUUUCGAUGCGCUGCUAGUCUUCUCGGAGCACGGCUUUGUGUACAUGCUUCAGGCAUUGGACGUGCCGCUGGCGAAGAAGGCCAAGUGCCAGGGCACCGAGCUGAAGGACUUCCUCCCAGAGUUGGAAGAUCACUCCAUCACGGCCCUGGUCACUGUCUCACAGGGCAGGCUAAGGGACCAAGCUGAUGACUUCGUGGUCCUCGUCUCGAAGCACGGCUUCGCAAAGAAGGUGUCCCUGGACAAGUUCCGGGGACUGCGCCCAGGGAAGGGCCUUCAGGCGAUGCGCCUCGAUGACGGGGAUGAGCUUCGAUGGGCGCACAAGGCUAGCUUCAACUCCGCGUUGGUCUGCGCCUCUGCCGAUGGCUUCCUGCUGCGCGUGUCCCUGGGUCAGGCACGGGGUCGCCAGACUGGUUUGGCCAUGCUGGCGGGCCAUGCCGUUCUGUGGGCGCUGCCUUCUCCGCUGUCGCCACCGAGGCCUCGGCCUGCGGUUGCGCUUCGCGCCUUCGGUGACGCGGCCAACCGCGCUCGGCGCCUUCGCGCCACCGGAGCCGUGCGGAGCCUCGAGCGGCGAGCGGAGCUUCCGGCCGAGGCAGAGGCCUUGGAUGCCGUAGGGGUGGCACUUCUGGCGCAGCAGAAGCCCGUUGACGCGGAGGAGGCCUUCCGACGGGCACUGAACCUGCGGGGUCGUGGUGCGCCCUGGGCGCUGAACAACUUAGCAGUGGCGCUGAAGAGCCAAGGGCCAACUCGCUACGGCGAGGCAGAGCAGCUCUAUCGCGAGGCCAUCAACUACCGGGAAGCGCAAAAUCCCGAGAUGUUGACGAGCCUCAACAACUUGGCGGUGCUGCUGAAACUGGAGGGCCAGCUUCCGGAAGCGGAGCAGCUCUACCGCCAGGCGCUGUUUGGGCGGCGCCGCCUUUUGGGCAAUGAUCACCCGGAUACCUUGACGAGCAUCAACAAUUUGGCGACGUUGCUGGCGACGGUGGGGCAAACUGAGCAGGCUGAGGAGCUCUAUCGAGAGGCCUUGGAGGGCUGCCGCCGGAGACUGGGAGAAGACGACCUGGAUACACUCUUCAGCGCAGACAGCCUGGGCGCGCUGCUUUUUGGUGCAGGCCGCGCGGAGGAGGCGGAGCCGCUGUUCCGGUGGGCGGCGGGAGGUUUGGCGAAGCGGUUGGGGGCGAAGGACAAGGAGACGCUGCGGAGCCAGGACAACUUGGCGGUGGCUUUGAUGGCCAUGCAACGCCUCGAAGAAGCGGAGCCUUUGUUGCGGAAGGCGGUGGCAGGCUUCCGGGAAGCGCUGGGCGCUGACGCGACGGACACGCUGCUGGCGGAAGCCAACUUGCUGGCGCUGAUGGAGGAGAAGCAGGAACGUGAUACGCAGAUGGGGCGCAGUGAGCUGGCUGAAGAAUCGAUGGACUGCCUCGCGGCCUGCGCUGUCUCGGAUCUCUCAGAGAAGGAGCUGGCGGCCAUUCGCGCGAAGGCAGCCAAGGUGCGAGCGAGCGCGACUGCAGAGGCAAAGCCUGACAAUGAGGACUCCGACAAGGAGGCUGCGCCAGACGCGCCAGAUGCGCCAGAAGAGAGCGAUGCAGAGGAGGACAAGGCCGAGGAUGACAAGGUCGAUGAUGAGAAGGCGGACGACGAGAAGGCGGACGAUGACAAGGCGGAUGACGAGAAGGCGGACGACGAGAAAGCCGAGGAUAAGGAGGGCCUACGUCCCGAGGCAGAGGCAUGGAAGAGAGAGGAAGGUUCCGUGCCAAAUGGCAUGGAGAAGUACUCCUUCGUCCAGCGCCUUGGCCAAGGCUCCUUUGCGGUGGUUUGGAAGGCGCGCCGGAAAUCCGACGGGCGCCUGGUGGCUGUGAAGCAGCUGAAGCAGUCGCCAGAGUCCUGGGAGGCCUGCAAGCAACUGCCAGAGGUCCGCGCAGCCGCGGUGCCGGACAGGCGGCACCUGGUGCAGCUGCUCGAGGCGGUGCGACAUGGCGGUGAACUCUUCCUAGUCUUUGAGUACAUCGAAGGUAGCCUGCAUCACUGCAUUGCCACUGCCACCCGGCGACUCGAGGAUAGUCAGAUCCGCUGGGCUGCGCGACGGCUUCUCAUGGCGCUGGCAGCUGUCCACGCGGCGGGCCUGGUGCACUGCGACGUGAAGCACGGACGCCCUGCAGAGCGGGCGGAGCCGUAG